AUGUCUUCUGCAUCAGUUAUUCCUCUUCAUUCGCAUGCUUCGUCUGUUACUGUGUUCAAUGGAUUGAACUUCUCUGAAUGGCAUGAACAAGUCCAGUUUUACUUAGGUGUGAUGGAUCUUGACUUGGCUCUACUGAAUGACAAACCUACUGCCAUUACUGAUAAGAGCAGUGAGGAUGAGAAGUCUUUUCAUAAAUCAUGGGAUCGCUCUAACAGAUUAAGCCUUAUGUUCAUGCGAAUGACUGUUGCUAACAACAUUAAGAGUAUUAUUCAACAAAUAGAAAGUGCCAGGGAAUACCUGAAGUUUGUGGAAGAAUGUUUUCGUUCUACACUAAUGGCUGAACCACGACCAUGA